CACAAUGGUUUAGGACAAUCUCAAACCCUACCAACAAAUCAAACCGUUUUUAACAGAAAUAAAAAAAUAUCUCAAAAGCUCUCAAAAAUGGCUUCAACAAUGAUACCAAUUCAAGCGUGUGCCGGAUCCGGUCACCGGAUUCCAGAUCCCGAUCGCCGGAGAAAUUCCUCCUCCACUAACUGGUGGACCCCUCUGUUCGGUAUGUCAUCAGAACCUGACUACAUCGAUUCCGACAACAAAGCACCGAAAUCGGAAUCAGAUCCGUCGUCAAAGCCGUCACAACUGCGCUUUUCCGGUGGUCUCACAGAGGAGAAAGCGAAGCAGCUUCGAAAGAUGACCGUUGGCACUGAAUCGUUUCAUGAUACUAUGUAUCACUCUGCCAUCGCUUCUCGACUCGCUUCCGAUUUCAAGGCUCGCUCCGAUCUGUAAUCUUCCGGUGCCGGAAACUUCCAUUUCACAUUACGUUGCAUGCAUCGUUUUCGUUUUUUCUUGCUUUUUUUUUAGUUUUUUAUUUUAAGAUCCAGAUUUUAGGGAUUUGAUUUAAGUGUUAACGCCAAGCAAUGUUGUGUAAUGGUUUAGCGUUUAAUUUCAACUGAUUAAUCAUUGUGUAUAUAGAAUAAUAAUUUUCAAUGUAUAAAUAUAAUUGGUAAUAUGCAUGUGUUGUUUUAACUUUA